AUCAUGGCAGCCCUCGGUAAAAUAGGGGCAUUCUUUAAAAAUGCCUGGGCGAAAGAGCCAGUUAUAACUGUUGCUGCCGCCAUCGGAAUUUUGGCUGUGGCAGUUCCGCUUGUAAGUCCCUACACAAAGUAUACUGCAUUGUUGAAUCAAUCAACACCCUACAAUUACCCAGUUCCAGUUCGAGAUGAUGGCAACAUGCCAGAUGUCCCCAGUCAUCCUACUGACAAACUUGGGCCUAAUUUGGAUUGGUUUAAGAAGAUGUAACUGAAGAAAGGAAAACGUUAGCUACUGUGGAACAAACAUUCAACUUUCUGUUAACCUACAGACCUGUUCUCACCAUUAUGUAUCCUAUUCUGAAUAGAUUCUGUUUAACCUGUAUAAAUGAAUAAAUUACACUGUGUGAAAAGGAUACAGUUAAAUUGAUCCUCUACUGUUUUUUUCAAUAAAACCACAUAUUUAUA